UGCUCUCACAGCAGAGGGCCCGCAUGCGGGUGGCUGUCGGUGGGAUUGGCCACAGUGGGGAUAGGGGGACACUUUGUGCUGAGCCCUGUCACUGGGGGAAGGGGAGAGCUGAGCCCAGCCAUGGGCAUGGGCCCCCAUCUGCCUGCUCAGCCACACCGAAGGUGGUGGUGGGCCACGGCUGCUCUCCUGAUCCUGCUGCUGACUGUUUUCCAGACUUUGCAAGGAGCUGGCUGGAAUCACUGGGAGGGAGCGACAGCCCCCCGAGAGUCAGAUCCCGGUUUCACCGUCACACAAGAUCGUCGCAUGGGCAGGAGGAGGCGCUAUGCCAUCAACCCGCUUGGUUAUAAGUGGGACCAUGUUAACCUGACCUAUAAGAUUGUGCAGUUCCCCAGCACGCUGAACAAGGGUGACACAGAGAGAGCCAUUGCCGCUGCCUUCCGCAUGUGGAGUGAAGUCUCGCCCCUCAGCUUCCGGCGCCUGCCCCCUGCCCAGCCGGCUGACAUCACCAUAGGCUUCUACACCUUUAACCACACUGACUGCUGGUUUUCCCCCCGGCACCCCUGCUUCGAUGGACUGAACGGGGAGCUGGCCCACGCCUUCCUGCCGCCCCGGGGCGAGAUCCAUUUUGACAACCAUGAGUUCUGGAUCCUGGGCCGCUCGCACUUCAGCUGGAAACAAGGGGUCUGGCUGAAUGACCUGGUCCAGGUGGCAGCUCAUGAGAUCGGCCAUGCCCUGGGCCUGUGGCAUUCGCGGGACGUCCGCGCGCUCAUGCACCCAAACGCUACCUACAGCAGGACGUGGCGCAUCGGCCAGGAUGACGUCUGGGCCGUUCAGCGACUGUACGGCUGCGUGGAUGAGAAGCGGCAGUGUGAGCCUUGGGCCCGGCUGGGAUUCUGCACGCGCCGGCGAGCCUUCAUGAAGAGGCACUGCCCCAAAAUCUGCAACUCCUGCUUCGAGCCCCUUGCUGUCUCCUCCUCCCCCUCUGUGCGCCCCCCCCCCAUUCACACCAAGUACAUCUCCGAAGGCAGAGUCAUAACCUUCCGCUGUGGGCUGAACUCCUCCAAGCCACACCUGCAAGUCAGCUGGUACAAAGAUGGGGAGCUCCUUUCAGAUUCUGUUCCUGGCUUCAAGCUGCUGCCGCGCCAGGAGCUGCGUGUUCGUGCCACUAAGUUCAGCGAAGGGCAGUACACGUGCUUGAUCCGCCACGCCAGCAGGAUCCUCCGGGCCCAUUCUUGGCAGAUAAAGCUCAAGGCCAGGAGUCCUUCCUCUCACAAGCAGCCAGGGCUCUGAAGAGAUAUGCAGGGAAAUGCAUGUGACUGAUUCAUAGCGCGAGGGAUGCAUGCACAAUUGUAAACAUGUGCCUCGGGGCCCCAGGGCCCUGCGGCGGGACACUAUCGGCCCUCUUCUUCACAGCAGUCUCAUUGCUCGGGUCUCUCAUCACUCAGCAUCCUGCCCUAUCUCCUCUGGUUCCUCCUCGUCCUAGGCACUUAAACCAGGGCUGGCCCAAUAGCAGUGAGUUCAAUGCCAGAACCCUGCUCCUUUCAUUGGCCCACUCCCAGUGCUGGUAGAAGCUGCUCUGCUCACUAUUCCUGAGCCAGGGCAGUGAUCUCCUACUGGGAGGAAGUGAGGGUGAGAUUGCUAUCGGCCUCCUUCCCCAGGCCCUCUGCUUGCUUUCAUUCCCUACCCACCCAGUUAGCUGGUAUCUGUGAGCAUGUCUCUUCCCCCUCCCAUGCACCUCAAGCCUGUGCUUAUAUCCAGAUCCACCCUGCUGUAGCCCUGUCAAACCAGGAGCUGAAUUAAAACCCAGCUGAGAAUCCCA